CCUUUUGAUACAAGUUCCACAACGUACAGAGAUAUACCUAGACAGUUGCUAAUAAACACUACCUUGCAAAGCUCACUAUGGAUAACUCAGAACUGGAAGGUAGAUUGCUAUUUGGUGUGCCAAAAAAAAGGCCGCAUUUACGAACGAUGUGCCUUGCUCAUGAAAGAAAUCGGCAUUAAAUACAGACGAGGUCACAGAUUAGAUGUAGCUCUCUCAACAAACAUGCCUCUUGCUCUAGUGUUUCUGCCAGCUUCUGACAUCGCUAAAUACGUGGACAAGGGCAAUGUCGACAUCGGAAUCACAGGCAUGGAUAUUGUCGAAGAGUCGUCUGCUGACGUCAACAUCUUGGCCCACCUAGGAUUCGGCAAGUGUCAACUCUGUGUACAGGCACCCGUCAGUAGCAAGAUCAAGGAUGUCAAGGACCUGAGUGGCAAACGCAUCGUGACAUCUUUCACUAAUCUGGCUGAGAAGUACUUCCGAGACUUAGAAGGAGGAGAGCUGACUACAAAAGUGAGCCACGUCUCUGGGUCGGUGGAAGCCGCUUGUGCGCUCGGCUUGGCGGAUGGCAUUGUCGAUCUGGUGGAAACUGGUGAGACCAUGCGCGCCGCUGGGCUGGAGAUUAUCUCGUUGAUUAUGGACACACAAACUGUUCUCAUCGGAAACAAGCACACCACACACCAGGAUCUGAUUGACAUUCUGCAGACACGCAUCAAGGGAGUUAUCACGGCUGGUCUCUACAGUUCAAUGGAGUACAACAUUCCCGCGGACAAGUUAGCAGAGGCCUGUAAGAUCACACCCGGUAUGACAUCGCCCACGGUGGCACACUUGUCGGAUGAGAACUGGCUGGCGGUCAAGGUCAUGAUCAAGAAACCCGAAGUUAACGACAUCAUGGAUCGAUUGGAAAACAUCGGCGCCACUAACAUCAUGGUGUUGGAGAUUCAGAACUGCCGCAUGUGAGGACACAUAGUCAGCUGAUCUAGUAUAGGGCACCGUGUCUGCAUACCGACAACCAAGGCCGCACAUAUGCAUACACGCAUAUGUAUGUGUAUACACAUAUAUGCCACCAUUGUUAUGGUAUUGCAAAUUCAGAUCCUCAUUAUGUUGCGAGGAUAGGAAGGUGUUGGGCUCUACUAUUUUAGGAGCUGUUCCUCUUUGCGAAUUAUGAGGGUGAUCGACGUUGUUUAUACUGCGAUGUAUUCUUCACUUGAAAACUCGUACUUGGCUGCAACACGGAUCUGUGGAUGUGCUUAAUUAGUUACACAAAAGUGGCUGGAGUGAACGGGACUGGAUAUACGUACUUUUGGGUUAACACAUGCACGUGCGUCUCAUACGGUCAUCUGAAGUUCAGAGUGUAGCUGACGUUGAUUAAGAACGAUUCGAGCUCGCAGAACUCUUAGAUAGCAUUCUGUAAGGACAUGCACAUGUAGCUAUGUAUCAAGACUAGAUUCAAGUGUUGCCUGGGCUGCAUCAAUGCUUGGAAGAGGUAUUCAGCAAUUGGUUACAUUUGCGAGAGUGGAGGAGACCCGUGUAAGACCACGAUCUAGCCGGAACACAUGCGUAUGCGAAAUUGCACAAGCAGUUGUGCAUGUGUAUAUGUAUUAUUGGGUUGAAUCUGCAUGUUUGCAGGCUAUGUCCAGUUGUCACAACGUACGCCAUAACUACAACUAAAAACUCUACAACUUGGUGCCUGUCAAUAUAUUGGGUAGAGCAAAACCAUGGGAGGCACUUGAAGGAGAAUGUCAACUGUAGUAGAAAAUUUCUUCAGGGAGUUGAGGAGACAAUGUCUGAAAUCCAGAACAGAUAUAAAUUCAGGGACUUGAAACGUU